AUGAAAACCAGUUUAAAUAGUAGGGAACCAGUAAAACAAUCAAAAUAGCAAAUUUAAAGAACUUCUUAAGCAUCUAAUUUUUAUCCUAAUAGUAUCAAUAACAGUAAAUAAAUUUCAUAUUCUACAUCAAUCAACUCUAUAGUUAAUGAUGAAAUUACUUAGAAUAAUAUAGUGAGAGAAAAAAGCUUAAUAUAUGAAAAACACAGGACAAAAAUGCAAUAAGUAACUUAUUUAAAAUCUGAGAGCAUAAAUAAGCUUCAUUAAAGCUUUUUAAAAAUGCCAUUUAGUGAGAUAAGUGCAAAUAAAAAAAGUAAGAGAUCAAAAAGCCUUGUUAAUAAUUUAAUGAUGGAAAAAGUUGUAGGAGAGACUAUAGAAGAUGAUAUUAAUGAUUAAAUUAUAAUAAACAAUUAAACAUCUAAAAGAAAUACAAUUAUUUUAUAGAAUAAUUACCUUACAUAAUUAAAAGAAAAAAGAGAUGCUCUAAAUAUGUAAACUUUUUUAAAAAAUAAACCUAAAACAUUGCUAAAUUAAAAUGCAUAAAGUAAUAACCAAAGAUUCUCUUAAAUAUCCAAAAGCAAAAGAAGCUAAUCAGUUAAUGCAAUAACUAAUAAAGAUGUUUAAACAAUAAAUUAGAUGACUAAGCCUUAAAUUAAUGCUAUUAUUUUAAAAAACCAAAAAGAAAACCAAGAUGAUAUAAUAGAAUAAAAAUUAUUGUAAAAUCCAGCAAAGUAAGGAAAUGUAUUAGAAAUAUAAAGAGUUUACAAAUAAUAGAAUAAAAUUAUUAAUUCAGAAAAUAAAUAAAAGAGUUUAAAUCAAAUUGAAGAUUCAGAUGGUAGUUAAAAUAAUUCUAUAGUUUUAGAUGAACCUGUAUCUAAAAAGCAGAAAAUGGAAGAAAUUAGAGAAAAUUAUUAUUACAACCUCAAGGAUUUGCUUAAAAUAGCUGAUAAGGAUUAUUUGAUAUUAAAAUCUAAGUAAUUGUUUGAGUCUUCUUUUACCAUCAUGAAAAAGACUGUAGAAGAUUAUGAUCAAAUCAUUAGAGAGCUGAGAGGCAGAAUAUUUAGAUUAAAUAAUGAAAAUGCAGAAUUAGAGACCACUAAUGAGUGGUUGAAAAGACUCAACCAUUAGCUAGAUAAACAAAAACGAGAGAUUAGUGAAAAUUAGCAAAUUCUUAUGAGCUAACUGAAAGACUUGAAAUCUUUUAAAGAUAGCUACAUUUUGAUGUAAACGAAAUUCUCAAAUAUAAAUUUAGAGAAGUUUAUAAAUAACUAUGAAAUAUUAGACAAAAAAGCAUUUGAGUAUUUAACUAAAUUAAAUAUUCUUGAAGAUGAAAAAUAUUAACUUACAAGAUGUAAUAAAGAAGCUAAAGAGACAAUUUAAAUAUUGGAAAAAGAAAUCGAGCAGUUAAAGCUGAGCAAGGAUAAUCUAAAAUAAUUUUCUAGUUCUAGAUAUAAAUUUGAAAUAGAUAAUAAUAUUGAACUUUCAAAUUAAAAUAUAUGUGUAUCAUAUUAAAAGUAAAAUAUUUAAGAAUCAAAUAAACGAAAAGAUAGUUAAAAUGAGGAACAGCAUUACAAAAAGUAGUACAACUAGGUUUUUAAUAGAAUUUUAUCUAUGUAUAAUAAAAUACUGGAUAAGCAGUCAAUAUUAUAUUUUGAUGAAUAAAUUGUUAGGUGUAAUUUAGAUGAUCCCUUAGACGUAUUAAAUUCAAUAGAAUAGAUGAUCUAGUUUAAUGCGUUUUAAAACUAUUAAAAAGAAAUGAAAAACAUUAUAACAGCCUCGAACAAAUUAAUAAAGGCUUGCUAUGACGAAUCUUCAGCUGAAAUAUUCAAUGAGCAAGGAAAGUUUGACUGCGAAGCUAUUUACAACAAAGUUCUAUCAUAUAUCACAACUCUUAAACUAAACAUUAAGUAGUUAAAAAAUCAAGUUGCUUCAUAUUAAUUGCUAAUUAACAACUGA